AUGGCUCCUCCUACCGGCCCUCGCGCAGACGCGCGCACCACGAGAAGCUCUACGCGCAACAACACCACGAGUGGCAACACUGGGGGCGGCAUUCGGAAGCGGGGCGGUGCUCCCAAGACGGAUCGCAACGGCGAUGUGAUCAUGGGCAACAACCCGGCUACGAAGACGGAUGGCCGCAAGUCUAGCCAGUCAACACGAGGCGGGCGGGGAGGCUCACGCGCCGUCGCCUCUGCUGAACAAAAAAUCAAGAGGCAUUUGGGCGUUUCGGGCGAGGCGAGUCUGGCCAAGAGAAUUUCUGAGCUCCCACGGAAGAAGUUCAGCAACAUGGCCAACCGUAAAGUGUUCAAGAUUGUCGGCCUGCAACAAAGCAAGGCUGCGGGAAACGCCGACCGUGGCGAGCGUGGUCUUCUUGACUUCAUCGAGCGGAAAUCAGCAAACAUGGGGCGUGGACUCAAGAUUAUCAAGUCGCGACUCGACAACGACUUUGUUCUCACAGUCAUGGUGGACCAGGAGGAUGCGGAGGAGCUCAUGAAGCUCAACAACUUUGUCUUUGCGGGCGCAAAGCUUACCGUGGCUGAGGACCCUCAAGGAUGGCCCGGCCAGGCUGCACCGAAGCCCAAGCUGUCCCAGGAGACACUAGAGCGGAAGUCACAGCUACAGCAGGUGCUUGCCACCCGCUACGAUGCCGGAGCCAAGCUCCUCAAUCUCUCUCGACUUGGCGAGGACCCUGUUCUUAUUGGGAUGGGGUACCUGGAAGACAAGGACCGCGCAGAGAAGACAUUUAAGGUUCUGAUGGCGAUUUGUGACGAGACUUUCCCCACAGCCGACGCCAAGCGUGACGCAGUGGUCAGUGUAUCGCUCGCGAACAACAACAUUGACUGGGUCGGUCAAGUCUUCGAUCUCGCCGAAACCUUUCCCGACAUCAAGAACCUGGACCUCAGCGGCAACCAGUUCAAACAACUUAAGAGCCUGAAUCGUUGGAGAGGCCGCUUCCGCAACCUGGAGACGCUUCUCAUGAUUGGUAGCCCUGUGGAAACCGAGGACCCCAACUACAAAACGGAGCUCAUGUCGUGGUUCCCGAAGCUCAUGAACCUGAGCAAUGUCCAAGUCCGGACGCCAGAACAGGUUGCGGCGGAGGAAGCUGCCAAGGCUGCAGCACGUCCCAUUCCCAUCCCACAGUUCGGCUCCGACUUCCGCGACGGCAGCGGCAUUUCUGAGACCUUCUUGACCCAAUUUAUCCAACUUUACGACACGGACAGAGCGCAGGUGGCGUCCAUCUUUUACGAUGAUGCCAGUCAGUUCUCUUUGUCUGUCACCACACAGACACCUCGCGACAACAGCACGCCCGUGUUACCUUGGGCAGCGUACCUGCGCUAUUCCCGGAAUCUUACUAAGAUUACCAGUCGGAGUGCGCGCGUUCAACGGCUCGUCCGCGGCGCUGCCAUGAUCAAGGAGCUGUGGAACACGCUCCCCCAGACACGCCACCCCAACUUGACGACGGAGCUACACAAGUAUAUUGUCGACUGCCAUCCGCUUCCAGGCAUCAUGGACCCAACAGGCCAGAGUGCGACGGGUGUGGAUGGUCUCUUGCUCACCAUCCAUGGUGAGUUUGAAGAAAUCGAUCCGACAACCAGCAAACAGGGCAAGCGGAGCUUUACGCGGACAUUCGUUCUUGGCCCUGCUACACCGGGUGGCCAGGCCGCCUUCCGCGUCGUCAGUGACAUGCUCUCUUUGCGGGCACACCAACCCAUCCCUGACCAAUCGUCUCAGGCCUCAUCCGAGCAGGACCAAAAACAGAAGAUGAUCUCGGAGCUGUCCAAGGUAACAAACAUGACGCCUCAAUAUUCGGAGAUGUGUCUCGCAGAGGCGGCGUGGAACUAUGACGGCGCCGUUGCGAAGUUCCAGGAGUUGAGACCCAACCUUGGUCCUGAAGUAUUCAUGAGCCCGAUGGUCUAG